UGCGGUCAACCCGCCGCCUCCGCGUAGACCUGCGCCGCUGUAUCUGCCUGCCAAAAGACCAGCAUUUGGCUUAGAGGGUGCGGAAUCAAAAAGGAAUAGGACGAGCGACCCGGGCGAAGGCCCUAGCGACAGAUCUAACAGCAGGGUGAGAAAUAGACCAUGGCUGGAUGAAGCAGAGAAAGAUAUUCCGAUCAUUUUGGACGACAACAAAAAUAACUGUAAAUACCAACGGAUACGAUUUAUUGGCAAGGGUGGAUUUGGGAUUUGCUAUAAAAUAAGAGAAAUGGCCACAGACAAAACGUUUGCGGCUAAAGUCAUAGCCAAGAAAAUGUUGACGAAGGUAACACUGAAAAAAGCAUUAAAAAGGGAGAUUGAGAUCCACCGGCCGCUGACCCAUAAACAUGUGGUUGGAUUCCACAAUUCUUUUGAAGAUAUGAAAAAUAUUUACAUAAUCCUCGAAUAUUGUUCAAGCCGGUCAUUGUUGGACCUGCAAAUAAAAAGACACACCCUCACAGUGCCAGAGUGCCGGUACUUCAUUUAUGAAGUACUGCAAGGAGUAUUAUUUUUACACCAAAGAAAAAUUAUACACCGUGACUUAAAACCAGGAAACAUUUUCCUAAACGACCAACUCCAUAUUAAGAUAGGAGACUUCGGGUUGGCUACCAAAUUCAAUGCGAAGGAUGAUAGGACACAAACAUUUUGCGGGACGCCAAAUUACAUGGCCCCAGAAAUGAUGUCGGCCAGGGGACAUUCGUUUAAAGCCGAUAUAUGGAGCAUCGGCUGCAUUUUGUACUCUUUAAUCGUUGGCACACCGCCUUUUGACGGCGCCUUGGUCGAAAACACAUAUACGAACAUCAGAUCUUGUAUUUAUAAAAUACCAUUGUCGGUUCACGAGGAAGCAGCGUCUCUCAUAAAAAUGGCGGUCCAGCGAAGUCCGGGGCGAAGACCAUCGGUGGACAAAAUGCUGAAACAUGAGUUUAUUCAUUCCAGCUUCCGACCUAUCUCCCUGCCUAGGUGCUGCUUCUACACUAGCCCCAAAAUCAAUGAACUAGACUUCGUAAAGAUCGACGAGCCACGCAAGAAUAAACCAAAUCCCGGGCCACCAGCCAAAAAAAAUGAGCGUGGCCGAAAAAAAUAUAAAUGUGAUGCAAACUCAACUUACCGCACUACUUGGUGCGGACUUUAAAAAGAUUAAAUGCCGUACUUCUUGCUUACCCGAUGAACUAAGCGAACCCGCGGCGCCGCCGUUGGUGUGGGUGUGCGAAUCGGUUUUGACCCCAGGUGUUGGCUUUGGAUAUACUCUGAGUAACAAAACCUGCGGAAUGCUAUUUGAAAACAACACCAACAUAUAUAUUAAUGACACCGAAAGGAAAGUCUAUUACAUCAACGAACAGGGACUGCAAACAGAGUCGCCGGUAGGUCCUAUGCCAGGAGACCUGCCCUUUCCAUUAAAGUUAAAAGCGGGAUUGAUAUUAACCAAGUACAUGUCUCGUUUAAAAGGUAGACGUGCAAGACCAAAUACAGCGUAUGUAAUAAGGGCUUAUAAAACCUCAGAGGCUACUGUAAUGCUGUUCAGCACGCGGAGCCUACAAAUGGACUUUAACGACAACACGAAGUUGAUUAUAUGUCCGAAAAGGACAAUUUUGUAUGGAGAAGAAAAUUUAAGAGCAUUCCGCUUCCGCACAAUCAAAGAGCACGGCUGUCCGCAAAGUCUCAGGGACAAGCUGAAAUAUGCCCUAGAGGAACUGAACAAGCUUGCAACUAAACCAGACUAGACACAACAAGUUAGCCCAUCGGGCAAAAGUUAGCUGAUGUUCGUGGCAGUAAACGGAGCAGAGAUAUGACUAUAUACUUUGACUAUUUACCCGGAUAAAGACGAAAAUGUGGUAGUAGAUUAUACAGUGUAUAUAUUUACUUAUAAGUAAUAACUGACUUUUUAAAACUAUUUCUGUCGUCAAAUGAUAGUCACACACAUUGACUGUGGUGGUUGUUUAAAUGGACGUAAUUACCUACGUUAACAAAAUUAACAAAAUGUUUAAAAAAAUCACAAACAUUGAUUGCGCCUUGAUUCGACAAACUGUAAAUUAAAUUUUGGUGGUUGUUUAAGUGAACGUAAUUACCUACGUUAACAAAGUUAACAAACUGUCUUAAAGUCAUAGACAUUAAUUGUACCACGAUUCGACAUAUAUUGUGAUUUUGGUGGUUGUUUAAGUGGACGUAAUUACUUAGGUUAACAAACCGUUUGAAAAACUCACAGACAUUCAUGGUGGUUGUUUACAUAAUUACCUAUGUUAACAAACUGCCAAAACCCAUAGGUUUAUAUCAUAACAUUAUCUAGUACCUAGCAUCUAAUCUCAGUUGAUCUAAACUUUUAUGGUUGGAGAAGUGGAUAUAAUCACCAAACCAGUACAAACUCUUUAAAGCUAUUCUUGUCAUAAGAGUGAUAGAUAUUGUAGGCGAACAAAUAUUUUGGUAUUAAAGGUCCACUUCACAUUUGCGGUUGUUUGAAACGUGUGGGCAAUGUGUGUAAUGAAAAAUCUAUCUAUAUACUAUUUUUUUAAAUGGCUUUUAUUGCCAUUCUACAGCACUCAUGAAAGACUGAAGUGAUGCGGACGUGCAGUGUGAUUUGUAUGGUUGUAAGAUGUGGACCUAUUUACCGAAGUUAACAAACUGUCAAUGUGUGAACUAUGUCGUAAAAAAAAAACUAGGAACGUAAUGUCUCCAUUACUUAUACAAUUGAAGGUAUAACAAUCAAUGUCAAAGAUUGUGAUAUUUGUGGUUGAUUAUAUAGAGGGUCUAAUGCGACGUUCUGCGUGAGCGUUCUGGAAGCGAACGCGAAGCGGUGAGGUGACACGCGAAAUCAAACGCGAUACGGUGUGACGUACCUUACGGCAUCCCACAUGCGGUCGAUUACGUAGUCCACGUCAACAUAUUUUGAUAGCUUGCUGUAUUCGCGCGGCGCCGUACCGCACCGCCUUCGCGUCUAGAUCGCUCGCGCAGGACGUCGCGUAAUUGAGUAUUAUAUACAAACUUUAUUUUGAUAUUAACUGUCUCUGUCAUUCUACAUUCGUCUUGUACCUACAUAUUAUUUAUUUGAGAGUCUUAAAGUUUGGUAUUAAGUUUACAUAUAAAAAAAAACAUUCCGGAAAUCACUGUAUCUAUAUUUAUUUUAAUUUUGCUAAGUAAAGCCUAAAAGGUGUUUAAUGUAAAUGAAAAUUAUUCUUUAAUUAAUAAGAAACGCUAAAAUCUUGAAAGCGGCCAAAAUGUUUCGAAAUGUUCUAUUUUCUGAAGUGAUAUUUGUUUUUUUAAAAAACCUUUAAAAUAAGUAAGUAUUGUUCAUACAUGAACAAUGCAUUAUCAUAGGUUAAGAUAAAAUGCCACUGCUUAUUAUUAUAUUUUGCAAUAUAAUUGUAAACCAAGUAUAACUAUUUAGUAGAAUGAUGAGUCUUAAUCUUACUCAUAUAAAUGUAUUCAUAAAAUAUACUUUCAAUGUCGGUAGUAUACUGAAAUGUAACAUGCUCAAAGUUACUUAUUUUGGUCCUUAAAGUUUUUCAACUUAUCAUCUUUAGGAUAGGAUCUUCAAAAAUAUGAAAUUAAUAUUUUUUUUAUUUAUAUAUGUAUGGUGAUUGGACAAUAUUAUUGUCAAUAAUGAACAUUGAUAUAAAGUCAAUAAAAACAAUUAUAAUUAUGCUAUUAUAAGUUCACCUAAACACUAUAAGUGGAUAUCGAAUGGUGUAAGUGUAAUUAGACUUAACUUUAGUGUGUAUUGUGUUAUAAUUACACACACACACACAUAUACACUAUAUUAUAAAUAUAAUAUUUUUAAUGACUAUCUCCUAAAUCUAGGGAAGAAUUUUGAUCAGUUAUUUUGUUUCCAUCUUUUUCUAACACGCUGCUGACGACUGAAUCAGCGUCUCAAUUGUCAUUUAUAAGUAUAUCUGUAUUAUUCUCUAUACACUUUUAUAUUUAUAGUAUUUUAUAUACAUAUAUAUUUAUAAAUAAAGUGAAACGGUAUAUAACUAAAAAUGUUCUCUGUAAAUAACAAAAAGCUGUAAGUGAUUUUUCAUUAAUACUUACUUAUUCCCAAAUAAUAAUUACUAUUGUACCAAAUGAUAUUUCUUAAACAUCAUUUGAUUUAAUCAAUAGAUUAUAACACACACCUAUGCACAUUAGCAUGUAAUGAUGUAUUUGAAUUCAGUAUUAUAGAUACGACGCUUAUAAUAACUAGAUUAAAUCAAUGUUUCAGUAAUAUACAAACAGUAUAUCGUAUAUGCUAUGUAAACUAUAUACGUAUUGCAUUACAUCUAAUAUAUAAAAUUCUCGUGUCACAGUUUUCGUUGCCAUACUCCUAACGGCCGAAACGGUUUGACCGAUUUUGAUGAAAUGCUUAUCCGGUAUCUAUGAGAAUCGGCCAACAUCUAUUUUUCAUCCCCCUAAAUGUUAGGGGUAGUACAACCAUAUUAUUUUUAAUUUUCCGCGGACGAAGUCGCGGCCAGAAGGUAGUAAUAUUAUAAUAAGUAUAUCAAUUGACUAGUUACAUUUCGAAUUCAAUUGCUAAUUUCUGCACUGUAUCUGCGUUACCAAGUCUUAGGUACCGCACCUGUGGAGAUCGAUCUUAUUUUUACUCCUAUAUAUUUUACUAAUAUGUAUUAUAAAUUCAAAAGUUUGUUGCAUUUAAAAUAUAUCUCAAUCGCGGUAACGGUAAAUUUUCUUUAACAACCGAUAAGAACGCUGUUCAACGAAGUGGGUUAAAUUUAAAAAAUAUUUAUAAAUUGGUAGGUAUUAAUGUCCGACGAUAUAUUGAUUCGGAAAUCGUAUGACGUCACGUCUAAGUACUUUUUAUACUGAUCGAUGACGUAGCUUUCUAGUCCGUAACUUUAUUUUUUUUUAAUGUUUUAUUACUACGAAAAAGAGUUUAAUAUUUUUAAUACUAAUCUAAGACGGACUAAACUGAUGUGUAAUUUUUAAAAUUAGAUCGCAUUUUGCGUAUUUUUGUAUGUAAGUUGAGAAGUAACGCCAUUGAAACAAGGGCGGACCUUUAGUAGCGAGUAAAAUACAUAACUACAUUUAAAAUGUCUCUUUGUCUGUCUGACUUACAAGUCUGCAUUUUCUAUACCUAUGUGUAUUGUAUACAAGAUACAUUAAUGUAAUAAAAAUGAAUCGAUCGAAA